AUGCUCCAUCAAUUUAUACAAAUUUCGUUUUUUUCGCCCCUUGGCUUAUUCCACCAGGUUACCAGCCACCUAGGAUAUGGAGCUACUCGUGAUACUUUUUACUCAGCUCCAAUGCGACCCAAUCCAGAUUGCAAUGACCCCCAGUGUCGACAGCGUCAGGCCGAACGCCGAGCCGCCCUUAUUGCAGCUGGAAUGCCAGGAUCGGCUGGCUGGAACGCCGAAGCUCUAGAAGAAGAACGGAGCUCUGCCGAGACGCGCCGCGCUGAGGAAGUCGAACAGCGAGCAAGCCAUGUGGCGGCUGCAAUGGCACUUGGUAUCGAACUAGAGGAGGAAGGUGAAAGCAUGCCUAUGCCGGCAUCGGAACAAGCUAAGAAGAAACUAGCGGAGGUGGAGGCGGCGACAGAGAUUGGGGAUGCUAGCCUUGGGAUGCUGAUGGCUAAGAUGAAGGGUCUUUAG